AUGCUUUGUGACCCACGCUGUGGAUGUGUCUGUGAAGAGCGGCAGCCAGGAGGCACUGUGCAGGUCGACUUGGCAGAACUGCUCCGUCGCGGAUCCUGUGCAACGCGUGGUGUGCCCGCGGAAGCUGUGCCACCCGAGAUACCCGAUGGAGCAGGCAGCCCGACCUUCAAUGAGGAAUCUCUCCUCGCCAAGCAGAAGUCGCAUGAACUAUGUCAUGAACCGCAUCAAGUUCGUGCGGGUGAGGAAGGUGAGGAAGAGAGGCGGCAGCAAGAAGCCAUGAACCACCACGCACGCCUCCAGAGCAUCGCCGUUUUCUUGAAGAAACAUGGUUUUUCAGGAAUCAACGUUCCCAAGCGAGGAUGCUUUCGCAAGACCUUCGCUCUCCACAAGGCUGCGGAGCUGGCGGAUGUAGCGACGACCACCUUGCUGCUGGCCGAGGGUGCUGAUGUGUCGCUGCGUAACUCCUCUGGUAGGACUGCGGCGGAUGUUGCAAAGAAGAUAGACAAUUGCGGCUCCCACGCGGCAGUGUUCAAUUUGCUUGUAGAGGCACCCAAGCCUUGUCCUCCCUGA